AUGGACGAAAUUUUAUCAAAACCAGAAGCAGAGACAUCAUUUACAAAUGAUUUUAAACAAUCAUUAAAAAAAUUUGGAGUUUCAGAACAAGGAAUCGAUUUAUUGGAAAAUGAUGAAUAUUUAUUUAAAAGAAUUGUAACAAGAGAAGAAAUUGAUAAACAAAAUGCAUUUUUAUUAAAACAAGGCGACUAUUUUACAAAAUCAAUAGAAUUAGAAGAGGAAAAUAUACUAUUAAAAGAAAAAAUCGAAGCUUUACAAAGGGAAUUACAACAAAAAAAUGAUACAAUUAUAAAAUUAAAUAAGGAAUUGCAUCAAUAUCAACAAAAUAAAUAA